AUGAGUAUAUCUGUUGUGGGGUCGUUGAACUACGAUUUGGUGACUUAUACGGAACGUGUUCCCGACGCAGGUGAGACUUUCCGGGCCAAUUACUUCGAAACUCAUGUCGGGGGAAAGGGGCUAAACCAAGCGGUGGCUCUUAGAAAACUGAAAGAUAGUUCUGUUCCUUACGGUAUAAGAAUGGUUGGGAAUGUAGGCACUGAUAGUUUUGGAGAUGCCCUAUUGGGCUUGCUGCAAUCUCAUGAUAUAGAUGUGUCACAUGUGCGCAAAAGUGAGGGUGUUCGGACAGGAGUGGCUACAAUUCUUGUAGAGAACAGCACUGGACAAAACAGAAUUUUGAUCACUGAGGGUGCUAAUGGUAAGACUGUGUAUGGUAGCAAGGAACUUGAGACCAUUUUUCCUGAAACUGAGGAUCGCAAUAUGGUUGUAUUUCAACAGGAGACCCCAGACCCCUGUUCAGUUAUGCGCUGGUUAAAAAAGAACAGACCUGACCACCAAAUUGUAUUCAAUCCGUCCCCCUUUAAGGCAGUGGAUAAAGAGGAUUGGCAGCUCGUAGAUGUCUUGAUUGUGAAUGAAAUUGAAUCGUUACAAAUCGUUCAGACAGUGUUCCCUCGCGAUGAGGUAAAAAAAUAUGAAGCUGAAAUUGAAAAGGACUUCAUGAAGGGCUACAAUGCCGUUUGCAAAAUUUUACAGGAACAGUGCGUUAGUGAGAAGGGUCCUGCAAUUGUUAUAAUCACAUUGGGUUCGAAAGGUGCUCUAUACUGCUCUAACGAAAACAAGGAGAUCAAAUUUUUACCUGCAGCUGCUAAUGUUCAUGUAGUGGAUACAACCGCUGCCGGGGAUACAUUUUUGGGAGCAUUUACUACACAGUUUUAUCAAGGUGCUAAUAUUAAUGAAGCUAUCAAAUUCAGCACAAGGGCAAGUUCAGUGACCAUCCAGAGAAAGGGAGCCGCGGAGAGUAUCCCUAUGUAUGAUGAAAUUGUCAAUAAAUAA